AUGGAGGAGGAGUGCGGGCCGUGCGGGGGCCCGCCGCCCCCGCAGUUCUCGUUGCCCCCGCCGCCGCGGCCGCCCUUCCUCGUCGACGGCGACUGCUCUGAGGACGGCCCGCUGCUCGCCUUCGAGGUCUGCGACGCCUUGCCCGUGCUGGACGCCGAGCUGCACAGCAGCCCCGCCAUCCCGUCCACGGCCGUCAUAGUGGGCAGCUGCGUGCUGCUGCUCGCCACGCUCCUCAUCGUCUCCGUGCUGCUCUUCAAGUACAAGCGGAAGGUGCCGAACGCGGCGCCGAACAAGGCUGCGUCGGCGCCCGUUCACUGCGACACCGCGUCGUCUGCCGGCCUGGGCGGCGUCGGCGGCGCAGACCCCUCCUACGAGGACUCCGGCAGCGUCCGUCCGCGCACAGCGCCACCUGCUGAGUCGCCCAAACUGCAGAUGACUGACCUGAAAUCCAACGGAGCUGGCUAUCCGAAUGGAUUUCCUGUUCUGCGUGAUCCAUCGCUCUACAUAGGAUCGCAUCCUUACAUAUCAGAAGAUCUUUACAACCCAGUCUACGAAGAAAUAUCACACGGGUCCGGCGAGCGCGGCGAGACAGACAGCGAGCUGCCCGCGUCGGAAGAUGAGUUCGCGGAGGACGAGCUCAGCCUGGCCGAAGCGCCUCGCCCGCAGCGGUCGCCACCCCCGCCGCUGCUGCACUCGCUGGCGGCCUCCGCCGGCUCGCUGGACGGCCGCAGCGGCCGCACGCGCCCUCCGCCUCCGGGCCUGGGGGCGGCCGUCUCCAGCGCCGCCUCCGAGUCGCCGUUCUACGAGCCGACGUCGCCGGACCUGCGGUACAGCAGGUGCACCGUGGCGCACCUGCCCAGCCCGCCGCCCCCGGCACCCGCCUCCGGAGGCCCCGGCGGCAGCGUGAGGCGGUCCCGCGGCCACCGCAGCAACGACAGCGAGUUCCACGAGGGGAUGCUGUUGGACGCUCUGCUGCACCAGCUCUACUACCAGCAGCAGCAGCAGCAGCAGCAGCAGCAGCACUCGCUGCCCUUCGCCAGCCCCCACGUCCCCGAGCUGUACGGCCCGCACCGGGCGUCGCCGCAGCUGCCCCACAGGACUCUUCCGCACUUCUACCACCACCCCGGCGCCGAGGUGUUCACCACCCUGCGGCACCACCACGCCGGUCCCGCCGCUUCGCCGGUGCAGCACCGACACCACCACCAACAACAGGCGCAGAGGCGAAGGCCGCCUGUCGCCCACUCCGGAUCGGCGCUCGGCCUGUCGUAGUACCGCCUGCUGCUGCUGCCCUAGCGCAGUGGCGGCAGCCGAGGAGUGUGCGCGGCAAGGAUCCGCUCAUUUUGAUACUGCCCAGUGAGUUGUUACUGUACACAACCGUCUAGUUGUCUGCACGUGGAUGAAAAAGAAAAAAAAAACAAUAGGCAUUCCAGUAUUUUGACAGCAAAGCGCUUUCCAGACUUUCACCCUCACCAGAAACCUGCAAAGAGAAGCACAUGAGCUAACAGUAUGCUGUGUGUACGUUCAGUAACAGAUGCUGGUCAUUGCUGUUGUACAGGGUGUCCCAAAAUUAUCUUUACCACUUUACUUGAUAAUAACGACUACUUUUCAGCAUGUUACAAGUUUUCUUUCCUUACUCAUAAACGUCAAUGUGUUGUCCACCUCAACUAUAUAUUCUGCUUCCAUCCAUGUACACUCCAGUAAAUUUAUGGUGACAGGUCCAGAUACAUUGCAAAUGCAUGUGCUGUAGGUAUGUAUUCGUAGUUCAGUAAACCUGAUUCUUUACAAAACUUCAUAGGAAGACUAGUGGCCGAAAGUCGUGUCUGUGUGUAAAGAAACGUAGACUGCCCUCUUGGGUAUUGGCGAAUAAGCUGCGAGACUUUGAAGAUAUGCACUAUGUAAAUACUUUCUAAUAGAUCUGACCGAGAAAUAAAUAGGGAAUAGUCAUCCAGCACACACUUUCAUAAAUUCAGUAACAAAAAGAUGUAAGGGCCUGCAUAUGUAAUAUGUGUGAGGACACAUAGAUGAAUAGGUUUGGAAAUACAGUAAUUUCCUUUGAACGUGUGUUAGCUACCUGAUUGCAGCGUCAGCUGUGCAACAAGGCUAUCUUCCCUUUUCCUUUACAUCUAUAUUUACAUAGAUACUCCGCAAGCCACCAUAUGAUGCGCGGCAGAGGGUAUCCUGUACCACUACUAAUAAUUUCCUUUGUGUAUAUAAGUUACGAAAGCACAACAAGUUUGGUUGUCAGAGUUAUUAACGGCUAAGUUAAUUCACUUCAUACAUAACAUCAUGUUAGCAGGUAACAAGAUGUCUUAUAGCAGCAGCCAGUAGCCGAGCACCCUAUGACCUGCCUACUGCCAGCACCUAAGACACCAUUAGUAUGUAAGGAAAUUCUACUUACCUGUUACAUACACGAAGUGGAAUGUGCAUCUGUAUGUGUGUGUGUCCAGGGUCUCUUCACAAAUUCCUAUAUUGAUUUCAACCAAAUUUCGCACAGAAGAAGCAGGACACUUGAGCAUUAGUACUGUGGGAUCUUUAAUGCCCUAGCUCAGAAGGAGAGGGGAUAGAGGCAAUAACCCUUUUUUCCAGUCUCUGGUAUGUAGGUUACCCUGUUGACAGACAUUAUAGGUUAACAAUAUCAAUCUGCCAAACCAAACUGCUUCGCAAGGCAGCCUAUAUGUCAGCAGUAAGAAACAAUUUUCUUAGCUCCAACUUGUAUGCUGCCCUGAAUGACAGAUAUGUUGUGUUGGAGUAGUAGUUUCCUGCUUUAUCGAACUGCCUUUGCAUGGAGGUUUGUAAGUCAGGGGCAAAUAAAUGAUUAUGAAGCCCCUAAUGUGUGGCCUAUCUGCAUGGUAGACACGUGGGAGUAGUAUUGGCCUCCUUUAUUCAACUGUAUAGGGUGGAGAGCAUAGAGAGGUAGUGGGCAGGUGGAGAAGGAACAGAGGAGACAGAGAUCGACAGAGAAAGGGGAAGAGAAUAUAUCAGAGGGAGUGGGAGGAGGAUAAGCUCAAAGAGACAGGUGGAGAGAAUGGGCAAAAACAAGAAGAGUAGGAGAUGAAGAGAGAGAGAGAGAGGUUGGAAAGGAGGAGACAGACAGGUAGAUGUGGGAUGCGAGAGGAUAAAGAGGAAGAGUGGGACACAGAGAGGGGGAUGUGGAAGUUGUAAAAUCUUAGCGCUGAGGUUUCUCUGUGGGCUUCGAUGUCUGAAACAGCUGCACCUUAAAGGUAAAAAGACAUAAACUCUCAUGCAAGACUUUAUCCACUGUUGAUCUGGACACCUGCAACUAUCUGGUCACUGUACACACUGAUUUGUCAGAGUCCCUGCAAACUCCUGUCAACCCUCGUCCAUGUAGACGACUUAGAUGGCCGACCCACUGUCUGUGAGGAACACUACCUGUUUUCCUAAAUGACGUAUGUCAAGUCCAAAUAGUUGGUACGAACGGUGGUUCUCUACCACAGUAUGUCCGAAUACUUCGCUGCAAUUGGCUGACGAUCUUCGUCUCUAUGAACCAUUUUUCGUCAAAUUGGCAGAGGCAGAACCUGGAAAAUGAAAAACUUUUGUUUUCUUUGUUACAUGUAGAAAACCAGUUGUUAUUACCUGGCAUAGUUUUGGUGUAAAGAUUAACUAUACAUACCCUGUAAUACACCAGAAUGCGUCACAGAAACAGUCGAGUCACUACGGACAAAUUUACAGUGUUUCUGAUCCGUCCAGGACGACACCGAUAUUGAAAUAUUUCACUCCUCUUUGUGGCCUUAAGAACGAGUUUUUGUAAUCAUGAAAUGUUGUAUUUCCUGUAUUGUUCACGAUUUUCUGAAUCACACAGUUGACAGAUAUCGUUUGUGCAUAUAAAACUAUCUGGUAUAUAAGAAUUUGAGUAGUCAUGUAUCUUGCAUAAGUAUCAAACCUGCACUUUGCUGUUAAAACAAAUUAAAAGUGGUUUUUACCAAGUGUUGUUAAUAUGUCACUUGGGAACAUACUCAUGAAAUUUUUUACGUUCAACUUAAAUGCGUAAGCUUUUAUCACUGAUUGAAUCAUAAGAAAUGAACGAAAUUGGAAAACUAAAGUAACCUCCCAUAUUAAAUUAGCAUUCCCGUUUUACAACUUGGUAUUUUCCUUUUCCAUUCCAUUAUGUAAUUACCAUAUUGAAUUAAAUUUUCGUAUCCAGCUGUACCAAUCAUUGAAGAACGGUGAUAUUUUCAAAAAAUUCAAAAAAUUCUUAUUCAAUAUUAAUAAGAUCAGCUGGCAAUUAUGGAUUGUUUUCAAGUUAUGAUGAACCAGUGAUAUCUUGCACACACAUUCAUAUCUAUUACUACUCUGAGAUGCUAUACAUGUCACCUUUCUGAUUCACUGUUUAAGUUCCUAAUCGCUGAUACAAAUUUGUUGGUUUGGGUAUGACGGACUUUUUUAAACAUAAGUAAGGGUGAAAAAAUUCAAGCAAUGAUGCAAGAGUUUAUUUUUCUUUUUUAAACAAAUUGUUGGUAGAAUUCAGAAGUAUUUAGUGCAAGGAGCAUAAACGAGGUAUCUCUGCUUUCAUAUCCAUGAUAUUUGGAGGAAAAAUCAGUGUACCUUAAAGUCAUAACCUUUAAGAAAAAUAUCUACUUGCGAUUUUCCAGAAUACUGAAUUCUUGUAACACUGCAGUGGCUCGUCCUGUUUCAUCAUUAGGUGAAAUGAGUAAUAAGCAUGAGAUUUUGAAGGUUAGUGAAUUUUGGAAGUACAUGAAUUAUUAAAGAUAACUGAAAAAUUGUCCAUCUUUGUAAGACUAGAUUUUUUACUUGUUAUAGUCGCACAGUAAAAUAUACAUUAAGAGAUUGUAGUCAGUUAAUAACUAUGUAGUCCAGCCUAUGGAAAAAGUUUACAAUGUAGACUCCUUGAAUUACAAAAUUACGAAAUAAAUGGCACAUUCUUAGAGCCACAUAUUCUCACAGGGAAAAUGUAAUAUUUCCAAACCGAGUCUUUAACCAUUGUUUUCAUAGCCUUAUAAAAUUAUUGUUUAUGAAGUAACAAUUUUGUUUCUCAUUAAGUCAUUUGAAUAUAUAGCUGCAUAUGAUGUAAUACGCUUAGAGACAUAAAACAGGACACUUUGAUAAUGAAUUUUAUGCCUGAGUUGUAAAAAUGUAAUUAUGAUGCACUGAUUUUUAUUAUAUGUUUAUAUCUAUGAAAUGAGUGAAGAGUAUUUCACAUAAAGAACUAUUGUUCUCGAAUUUUACAAAAUCCUCGCAAUACAGUUGCAACUUUGAGAGUGUAUAGUGUUGAAUCUAGUCACUAAAUAUUUCUUUCUACUGUUAGAGGGACGAAGAGGGAGACCUAAGUUGUACAUUUGUAAAACGAACCUACAUCUAAUUGUAAUUAUAGUAUUAGGGAAGAUGAUUGUGGUAACACAAUGUUGUUUUCUAAGUAUUCCAAAUGUUAACCCUCAACAAAUUUUUAAGAGAAAAAAUAAAAAGUUAUUUGCUUGGACAUUAGAAGAAGAAACUUUUUCUAAGUUCUUAAAGGUUUACCGAAAGACUUCAUAACCACAAGCAGCACCGAGAAAAGCUUAGAACUGUCAACAUUUAACAGUGGUAGACAGAUGUGUAAAUACAUGCAUCUGAUACAGUGCAGAGUGACUUAUUUUUGUUUUACUGGACUGAAUUGCGUGUUGUAAUAUAUUACAAUAUUUUGUCUGACUGAUUUUGUAUAUUCAAUAAAACUUGAAAUACACUAUGUACAGAAACAA